AUGCGAACGCGAGGUAUGGUAAUUCACGCGUCCUCGGGCACCGCGAGUGAGCCCCCGGCGGCGUUGCUCGUGAUGAUACCGCUCGCGUUGUUCUACUCGGCGCUCACGCUGAGCGCGGCGUGCAACGCCUUCAUGUGGACGCUUGAUCUACAAAACCCGAUAAUCUCGAGCGGGACGUCGUUCGUACUCGGACGAUUGUGCGUCGCGGUCGGGGCCACGGUUUUGGCGUGCUUGAACUUUUUCCCGCAGGCGACGAAGCAGCUCAGUCGGGCGCACCGAGCGUUCACGAGUGUCUCGAGCAGCGAGCGGUUAAAGUUGGACGCGGCAAAGUUCGCGGCGCUAGUCGUGAUGAAGAUGAUGUUCGAGUUCUACGCGUACUGGAAGGCGUUGACAUCGUUUAUGCCGUGCUCGGAGUCUUUGGAGCUGUGCGCGUGGUACGGGGCGGCGUUCGUCGGGCAUGCGGCGUUCAUGGGCUUGGCGCGAGUCGUUAUCGCCCCUGACGCGACGUCCACGACGGAGGUCCCCGCGAACGCGCGUAAAUUGAUCGGUAGUUUCGACCUGGUCUUAGCGCUCAUGUGUUUUGCCACUAGUAGGCUUGCGAUGGGCGGAAAUGGCAUCGUGAGCGCUUUCAUGGGGGCAGGAUUUCUCAUCGCAGCGCUCUACUUUACUUUUGAGGACAAGCUCCCGAAAAAGAGCGACAACGCGCAAUCUGCCCCGGCUUGA